AUGCUAAAACCCACUGCGGGAGGGGGUAUACAGGAUGCAGUGCAGCUGCGGUCACAUCGUACAAGUGGCACUUGCCUGUCUUCUGCACUCAGCGAAGCAGAGGCAGAAGAGGGUUCGAGAGAAAAGAAUGCCAACUCCAAGCUGGUGAUAUCCAUGAGGGGUAAUGCAACCACCAUAACAAACCCUCAAAAUGGAGAAACUAAGACAUUCGCCUUUGACCAUUCCUACUGGUCACAUGACGGGUUCAAAGAAAAUGAGACAGGUGUUUUCAUUAAGGAGAAGGAAAGUUACGCAGAUCAGCGACAGGUCUACAAUGACCUGGGUCAAGGGGUGCUGGACAACGCCUGGCAGGGCUACAAUGCCGCCCUCUUUGCUUAUGGACAGACUGGCUCGGGGAAAUCCUACUCCAUGGUGGGGUAUGGCCCUAACAAGGGAAUCGUGCCCAUUACAUGUGAUGAACUUUUCAAGGCAAUUGAUAAAAAUACUGAUAAGAAAAAACAGAUGCAGGUGACGUUCAGUAUGUUAGAGAUAUAUAAUGAACAGGUCCGUGAUCUCCUGACUCCUGCCAAACAGCAGCAAAAGGGGGGCCUCAAAGUUCGCCAGCACCCCAAAUCUGGCUUCUAUGUGGAUGGACUGAAGUCGGUGCCAGUCCGCAGUUACAAUGAGAUUGAGCGCCUGAUGGAUCAGGGAACUCUGAGUAGGACAACUGCCGCCACUAACAUGAAUGCCACCAGCAGCAGAUCCCAUAUGGUCAUCACCAUUAGGUUCAAACAGUUGUAUAUGAACGAACUGGGGGAGAGCACCACUAAGACCAGUGAGGUGAGUCUUGUCGACCUGGCAGGCAGCGAGAGAGCCGACUCCACUGGGGCUGAGGGAGACAGAUUGAAAGAGGGCGCUGCAAUCAACCAGAGUCUGUCCACGCUGGGGAAUGUUAUCAGUGCCCUAGCUGACCUGGCCAUGGGGAAGAAGAAAGUAAUGGUGCCGUACAGAGACUCUGUCCUCACCAAACUUCUCCAGUCAGCUCUGGGAGGUAACAGCAGGACCAUCAUGAUAGCAGCCCUGAGCCCAGCAGCUAUUAACUAUGAUGAAACUUUAUCAACACUUAGAUAUGCUGACAGAGCCAAGAAGAUCCAGAACAAAGCUGUGAUCAACGAAAGUCCCACAGAGAGGCUGAUCCGAGAGCUCAAGGAGGAAAACAACAAGCUGUUAGCCAUGUUGAAGGCACAGGGAACAGGAGUCAAGGCUGUUGUGAAAACAGAAGAACUUGAACGUCUGCUACAAGAGAAUGAGCGUCAAAUGCAGGAAGCUCAGUUGUCAUGGGAACAAAGAUUAGAAGAAGCGAGGAAAGAAUGGGAGAAGUCUCACGCCCAGGAGCUCCAUCCUGAAGACCUUACCUGGCAGCACUUCCCAUACCUGAGGAAUGUCAAUGAAGACCCUCACCUGUCAGGAGUGGUCAAAUAUGCUCUGCAAAACAAAGAGUAUGUCAUUGGCAAGCCAGGGAAUGGAGUCAGUAUAGAGCUACAUGGAUUAGGGAUCCAGCCUCAUCAUGCCGUAAUGUGCAAUACUGGACAAAAGGUGUUGAUAAGGCCUGCUGUCCAGCAAGCUAAAUUAUUGGUCAAUGGUGUUCCUCUGCAAAAGGAGAGAACUCUGACGCAUCUGGACCGCAUAAUGCUUGGCUCCAGCAGUCUGUUCCUUUACGUCGGCUUUCCCAGCGAACGCGCACAGCAUGAGAACCUGGAGCAGUAUGACUUCGAGUUCUUUCAGACAGAGUUUGCAGAAGAGUCUGGAUUUCAUACGAACAGUUUGCUGACCCCCAGGGAAGGUCACCACGACCCCAAUGAGGACAAGUCUGCAAUGAUGAUGGUGCUACAUGAAUAUAUGAACCUACUGCCAAAAAUUGAGGAGGCAAAAGUGAUGAGUCAGGAAAUGCAGAAGGGUGUCUCCUUCGAACCAGAGGUGAAAAAUCUAGCAGCACAUGAUGAAGUUGGGAGAGAUAUGAAGAAAGAAGUUAUUGUUAAAGUUACCAAUGAGAAAACCAAGCAGGUGUGGGUUUGGUCCAAGGCAAAGUUUAUCAACAGGAAGUUUCUGAUAGAAGACAUGUAUACCAAAUGGUGUAAUGGAGAGAGUAUUGCUAUAGACAGGCAUCAUGACCCAUUCUGGGACCCUGUUGAAGAUGUAUUUCUGGGGAGCUGUCACCUGUGGCUGCAGAGCCUGGCCUAUAAGAUAGAAACUAAUGACCAACUGGACAUCAUUGACCAUCACGGGCGAGAGGAGGCCAUGAUCCACAUCAAGAUGCUGCCGUGUGACCAUACUGGAAAAGUAUUGAGUGAUGACUCCCUGGUGCUAGAUCCUGCAGAACUGAUAGGGCACCCACUGGACUUUGUCUUUGUCAUAGACCACUGUAUGGGUGUGAAGUGGGUGAGAGGAAACAACCUGGCCAGAGGGGUGUACUGUGGGUUCCGAUUCUUUGGACAGCCAGACCUGAUCACUACCAAGACCAUGUGGGGAAACAGCAAUGCUAAGUUUCACUUCAAAAAACACUUUUCCAUAGAGAAGGUGACCCCAGAGUUCCACGACUACCUGCAAACACACGCCAUUAUCAUAGAGCUCUGGGGGACACAAGUGGACCCUGACUCAGGCAGUGCUUCCUCCAGACCCAGCUCCGGCUCCCUAGCUGACCAUACAGACGAGGAUCCUGAGGUAGCUGAGCUCAGGAGAGUUCUUAAAAGACAAACAGAGGAGUGUGAUCAUCUAAGAGCAGCUUAUCAGAAAGCUAAGAAAGAAAACUUCAAGCUGAAACAACAGGUGGAGAGACAGAAGAAUGCACUGGAGCUGCAGAAACUAGAUCAUCAGGAGACCAUUCCUCACCCUAUGAACAGCCGCGUAGCUCACUUACAGCGAGAUCAACAUGGAGGAAGUCAUGACUCCAUCAACUCCAACUCCUCCACUGGUAGCAGCCAUGAACCUCCUCCUCCUAAACAUCCCUCCACCAGUUUAGAUGCAGAGAUUGCCAAGGGUCUUAAGGUCUUUUUCAAAGAUGUCCGUCAUGUUCAGAGGGGCUUAAAAAAUGUGAAGGAGUUAGGGACCACAAAUAGUUCAGCAGAUAAUGGGAAUGUGAAAUCAUUAUUUGAGGAGCAACAGAAAGCACUUCAUGACAUAGAUGAGCAGUUAAACGCUGCAGUGUCUGCUCUCAAAGUCACCGUCACCAGUGUUAUCAAGAAGAAAAAACAGCAGACAGAUCCUAGCUAGCACUCUCUACCUGUAUGACAUAAUGCAUAAUACA